CGCGCGCCAUCGCACAAGCUAUUCUGCAGUUACUGUUGUGUUCUGCGUAAAUUCAAAUCAUGGAACUUCACCAGUCGACAUCCGAUAGACUUGCCAGGAUUCAAGAUUUUUGCCUCGUCCUGGCUAUUACGUUGUCGCAUUGGAUAAAAAUUCAUCCUUACGAAUUUUUUGUCUCGUUAUCUGUGUAAACGAAGCUCGAAUCCUACGUAUAAAUUCACGAACUUCACCAGACUGCAUUCAACAGAUCUGCUGGUAUAUAUUUGCGUAUGUAUAAUUGUUUUCAAAACAUUGCAUGUUAGAUUAGGUUAACUGUUGUCGUGGAAUUAUCGUUUCAUUGAGACAAUGAUUUCAGGAUGUAAGAUUUUUGCUUGUCGUGGCUACGUUGUUCAGUGUAAACGAAACUCGAAUCCGAUGCGUAAAUUGGCGAGCUUCACCAAGUGGCAUUCAACAGACCUGCUGGUAUAUAUUGCGAUUCAAGAUUUUGGUCUCAUCGUGGCUGUCUUUUCUCAGUAUAAGGAUAAUAAUGAAUCUUAUUAUCGAGAUGCUAAUGAGAUUGAAGAUGAAGUAAUUUGUGAAAUAAACACUCAAAGUGAAGUGGAUGGAGAUAGACUUCUUAUCUCAUUAGUUCAAAGUCACCCUUAUUUAUACAAUAAGGAGUUGAGUGAUUUUAAGGAUGCUUUGAAGAAGGAAAAUGCUUGGAUCGAAAUAGCCAAGAUUUUAAAUAUGAAAAUGGGUGAGUGUCAAACCAGAUGGACGCGAUUAAGGGAGCGUUAUACACGAGAGAAAAAACAAAAGCAAGAAGAGUCAACGACUGGAAGUGGAGCAUCAAGACGAAAAACCUUUGAAUUUUUUGAUAAUAUGAAGUUCUUGGAACCAUUCAUUAAAAAAAGAAGAACGAUGACCAACAUAAGA